AUUCAAAAGUCGACGACGACGACCACUACCAGAUCCAACUCAACGCUAGCGACGAUGGCAACGUUACGGCUCGGCUGCCGUGCGGCCGCAGCCCGGUCUCCAACGACUGCAAUCGCAUCCGCCUGCGCCCGCCCCACCAUUCCCCUCACCCUCCUCCGGAAUCCCCUCACACGGUGCUAUGCGACCGGCGUCGAAUUCGAAACCAAGCCCCGACUGCACAACCCUCACCCCACCCCGCGACCAACCAACAUAGCCUACUUCACCGGCAACCCGCGCUAUUACAACAGCCUCAUGCAGAUCAACGCGCUCAUGCGGAAAUACAACAUAUCACCCCAGGAACCACUGACGGCGUCCAAGCAACGGCCUCGAUGGAUGACGAUAAAGGAGAUGCAGGAGUUUCUGUCGUUUAAGAUAACGCAGGGUACUUAUGAUGAGUUCGUUAAGAAGUUGAAUCAGCUGUAUGAUAAGCAUGGAUAUGGGAGCGGAGCCCAACUGGACGUGAAGAAAGCACUAGAAUCGUUCGUGAAGCCCGGCGCAACCCUCACAGUGAGCACCAAGCGGUCAUCCGAGCUGGACGAUUUCGGACGGUCGUAUUCAUAUGGGUCUCGGAAGACGGCGAAGGCGCAGGUGUGGGUGGUGGAAGGAGAGGGGCAACUGUUUGUCAACGGCACAAAUUUUGCGGAGUACUUUGCGGAGGAUACGGAUCGGGAUGCGAUUUUACGGCCACUCGUGAUGGCGCACGCUCUGGGGAAAUACAAUGUGUGGGCGUUGGUGAAUGGUGGGGGACAAUCGGGGCAGGCGGCGGCGGUUGCUGUGGGAUUGGCUCGUGGCCUGGCUGUGCAUGAUCCUGUACUGAAGGAGACCUUUGACGAAGCCGGCCUUACAAGGAUCGACACAAGACAAGUCGAAAGGAAGAAGACGGGACAACCAAAGGCCAGGAAGAAGAACACCUGGGUCAAACGUUAAGUCUGGCCUCCAUGUGGCUCGAGCCCUUUGUAUUUAUAGAGAGUCGCGACGCCUCGACACCCCACUGUAACAUAUUACUGUAAUAUGCAUCAACAUGUUCGACC